CAUGGUGGCGAUGUGUAAACGUAUGACAUGAUAUAUAUUCUACCGGCUGUGAACAGAUAUUGACGUUCGGUCGACUUAAUAUGAAAAGAAAAUGGGCAUUUUCAAAUUAUUUCUUGUAUCGGAACAGUAACAUUAGCAUCCUAGCGCUACUUUAUUUUGUUCAAGGAAUACCGUACGGAUUUCAAGCCAGAUUCCUACCUGUGUAUUUACGUCAAAAUAGAGUGUCUCUCACAAAUUUAGGUUUCAUCAAGCUUCUUCUUGUCCCGUGGCUGCUCAAAGUGUUGUGGGCACCAUUGGUUGACCGCUGGGGCACAAAACAUUCCUGGCUAGUUUACAGUAUAUGUGGCUUGGCCGUUGUCUGCUUGGCAGGUGCUUUCAUCGAUCCGAAUACUCUGCCUCUGCUUUGUGUGGUAAUAUUUCUAUUAAAUUUAUGUGCAGCUACUCAAGAUAUCGCAGUUGAUGGGAUUGCCAUAUCGUUGCUCGGUGAGGAAGACCUCGGGAUUGGUAACACAGCUCAAGUUGUAGGAUACAAAUUUGGUUCUAUAAUCGGCGGUGGGUUAUUAAUAUGGCUCAUUGAACACAUCGGCUGGUUUGGGCUUUUUAUCAAUUUAGCUUGUCUCUAUUUUGUGACUCUCUGGGUCAUCUCUCGCAUACCAGAGUUGAAAUCAAACAAUACAAAGCAAAACGGGAACAGGCAUGAAGAACAACCACUUGGUUUUGCUAACAACGGGAAAAAUGGACAAAUCAAGAUUGACAAAGCAGGCUGUCUAAAUUAUGGAAAUAUCGGCAAUGUCGAAUCUGAGAGUGGGACGUUUACAUGCAGCCACACUGCCUUGAGAAAUGGAAAGAAACUCUACAAAUAUGAAAGUACCAGCACAAUAGAAGACAAACACAGGUCUGAUAGAGGAAAGCUAUCUCAUAUUUCCAGGACCAAGUCCAACAUUAAUGAACUUGAUGGUUGUCUUUCAUCUGAUAUUUGUGACUGGGUGUCUAGGAUAGGGAAGGUGCCAGGAACAGCAUGGCUGUUUGUUUAUGUUCUAACAUAUAAACUUGGUGAGCAGGGAGCCAAUGGAAUGUUUCCAUUAUUCCUGGUGGAUUAUGGGAUGUCUGCUGGCAGUGUUGGAUUAUGGACUGGGGUCAUAGGUCAAAGUUUAUCCAUAUUAGGGUCACUUCUUGGUGGUUAUAUUCUUUCCUGCACAAAGUGCAGACCAAUAUCGAUGUUACAAGUUUUAUUUAUUCUCAGACUUUUACCACUAUUUAUUAUGAAUAUUAUUAUCUGGUCUUUUCAAGAUAAAGAAAGUACUUCCUUUUUUGGCAUGUCUGUGUUUUCAAUGUGUCUGCUGCAGUUCAUUGGUGGAGUUAUCACUACGGCAACAUUUACUCUGAUGAUGCGGUGCUCCCAAGAUGCACCAAAAAACAUACAGGCCACUCACUGGACAGCAUGUGCAACCAUGGAAGUGCUGGGAAAACUCAGCUUUAUGUCAUUUGCUGGAAUAUUAACAGAUUACUUUGAAUAUUCUGUCAUGUUCACUGUUUUUAGCGCUCUGUCAGUUGCAGUCAUACCACAUGUACAUAAUACUAAUUCUAAAAUAUGAAGAUUUUGUUUUUUAACUUAUUUUUAUUUAUUAAACAUGCUAGAACAGGUUCGACAACAAACAAGGAAAAUACAUGUUGUUGGACCAGUUGAUAUUUUCUUUAAUUUUGUCUGGUGACAACUAGAUAGGCCUGGCAUUGUUUUGUUGUUUUGUU